AUUCAUAUUUACUCACACCACACACCAACGCAACUAAGAAAGAAACCAAAAGAAAAACAAGAACAAGUCAAUUUUUCAAUUUUCAAUGGAAAACCAAACCUCAUCGAUGCAGUUUCUCAUCCUCGAACAAGUUCAGUUCUUGAAGGUGAACGACGAUUCCCUCUUGCAGUGGGAACUCGUCGACGUUGUUGACGCCGAAGAGGAGAUCGAUGGGUUCGGUUCUUCAUCGGAUUCUUCUUCCGUUUCUUGGUUCGAAUCCGAUUCUUCUCCCAUCGAUGCCUCAAUUGAAGAAAUUCGCCAACUUCUUCUUCAUCCCGAUGUGGGUUUACAAGAUCCUCGUGAAUCGGAACAAGAAUCGGGUUUAGAAAAUCACCACUACCGUUAUCAUCAACAUCACUAUCACCAUGAUGAUGUUGAUGAUGAUGAUGUGGGUGGUGAUAAUGAUGAUGGUGAGGAUGAUGAUGGGUAUGGCUUGGAUGAUGAGCUUGUUCCAUGGAACGUGAGCAACAAGUUUGAGAGGCAGAGGAUGAGGAAAUUAGGGAAAAGGGCAUUUUCGAAAAUGCACAAUUCGAAGAAAUCACCUUAUCUGUUUGUGAGGCCUGGGUGUGUCCGUGGCAAGCACGGUUUGGGCCUUAAGCACAUUACUGACUCCUAAUUAGGGUUAUAAAUUAUUGAUUUGGGGGCUCUUCUAGAGAGAAAAGGGUCUUCAAGAAUUGUGUUAGGUUGUUUAACUUUUAGAAUCCUGAUUAAGAUUUGUAUUUGAAUAUCAGGUAGCAAGAUCUUUAGGGCAUGUAAUAAUUUAUGUCUCUCUCUUUUAUGUGCAUAUCAUGUACUGAUUCUGAAUGUAUUUCUUGAUGGAAAAAUGAAAAAAAAAAAUGGAUCUGCUUUUGUAUA